AUGGGUGGUUUCUCGCUUGCAGGACUGAAAGCGCUCAAAGGGCAGCAGCAGGCAGGGCGACUGAGAGGAGGGCACCGGCCAUGGCGAGACAUUCGGCUGGAGGAGGGAGAGACCGGCUUCUUCUACCGCACGACGCAGCGAGACGAUCCCCUCAUCGUGCAAGGUAGCGACCUCCAGGCAGCCGGAGAGCUACUGGGGGAUGACGGGCUGAAGGAUGAGGAGUAUCCGCCCGUCGGGUUCUUCCAUGCAGGACUAGCAGAGGCAGACCCUGACGUGUUCGCAUGCGUGCAGAAGGAGCGGGAGAGGCAGAGCGACAAGCUGCAGAUGAUUGCGUCGGAGAACGUCGUGUCGCAGGCGGUGCUGGAGGCCCAGGGCUCUGUGCUGACCAACAAGUACGCGGAGGGCUACCCGGGCAAGCGCUACUACGGGGGCUGCGAGCAUGUCGACGGCGUCGAGACGCUGGCGCAGCAGCGAGCCAAGGAGCUGUUCCAGUGCUGCUGGGCCAACGUUCAGCCGCACUCGGGUGCGCAAGCGAACCAGGCGGUGAUGCUCGCGCUGCUCGAGCCAGGUGAUGUCGUGCUGGGGAUGUCGCUAGCAGCGGGCGGGCACUUGACGCAUGGAGCUGGUCCGAACCUGUCGGGAAAGUGGUUCAAAGCCGUGCAGUACGGGGUAAGGGAGGACACAAACCUGAUCGACUACCAGGAGGUCGAGCAGCUGGCAAAGACGCACAAGCCGAAGCUGAUCAUCGCAGGAGGUUCGGCAUACGCGCGCAUCAUCGACUUCAAGAGGUUCAGAGAGAUCGCUGACGCUGUCGGUGCUGUCCUCCUCGUCGACAUGGCUCACUUCGCUGGGCUGGUUGCAGGCGGCUCGUACCCCUCCCCCUUCCCUCACGCCCAUGUAGUCACCAGCACGACCCACAAGGUGCUGCGAGGGCCGCGAGGAGGCCUCAUCCUCUCCAACGACGAGGAGCUCGGCAAGAAGAUCAACUCUGCUGUCUUCCCGGGGCUACAGGGGGGGCCUCUCAUGCACGUCAUCGCUGCCAAGGCCGUCUCCUUCCGUGAGGCGCUCAAGCCUUCUUUCCGCCAGUAUGCGCAUGCCGUCGUGAGGAACGCCAAGACUCUAGCGAAAGAGCUCGAGGAGGGAGGGCUGAAGAUGGUCUCCGGAGGAACUGAUUCACACCUCAUCCUCGUUGACUUGAGGCCUAAAGGUCUCACUGGAAAGGUGGCUGAGGCGAGCCUAGAGCGAGCAGGCAUCACCUGCAACAAGAACGCGAUUCCUUUCGACCCCGAGAAACCUUUCGUCACCUCCGGCAUCCGCCUGGGGACACCGACCCUGACGUCAAGGGGGAUGGGCUCCCAAGAGAUGUCGCUGGUCGGGCAGCUGAUCGUGCGGGUUCUUGAUGGACUAGCGGCCAACGGACCAGAGGGGAAUAAGGACGUGGAGGAGGAGGUGAGGGAGCACGUGAAGCUUCUCUGCCAGAGGUUUCCAGUCUACCCAAUGUGA